UACAGAGACUACCACAGUUGGCAGAUAUUCAUCUGAGUUAAUACAAGGAUAUACGAGUGGUCCAUAUGCCAGCAGUCAACAACAUUUUUUUUCAACUGAUGGGAUGUUCUCAAACUCUCCGUACACUACACCAGAUUUCCAAACUACAUUAGAUUGUGGAUGCCAAAAUGGUUUGUGUGUUAUUGAUAUCUACGGAAACCUGAACUGUGUCUGCAAUCCUCAGUACGCAAAGAAUGGUCGUGGAAUAUGUACUCCUUGCUUCUGUGGUCAGGAUGCUAAUUGUGAGUUUGUAAGAAGAGGAGGAAAUAUUCAAAAGCGCUGCUUCUGUCCAAAGGGCUAUCAAGACUCAAAUGGAUACUGCACUGAUAUCAAUGAAUGUCUAGUCCCCAGAUCUUGCCCCAAGUUCACAGAAUGCCGAAACACCGAGGGAAGUUAUGAUUGCUUUUGCCGCCAGGGAUAUCGUCCGCAUAACAGAACUUCUAACGUUAAACACGAAGGUUGUGUAGAAGUAUGCAACUUAGAUGCUUGCGUCAAUGGUCAGUGCCAAAUUGAUGGCUACAGCUAUUUUUGCAAGUGUGAUAACGGGUAUACUGGAAGGCGUUGUGAUGAGAAAACAAGUGACAACCGAAUAUUGGAUAUCAUUGAAAUUCAAUCACCAUGGAUAAUUCUGAGUGCUUUGCUUUUAAUUAUAUUUCUUGCCUUCAUUUGUAUUCAUAGGAACAAAAGCGUGAAAAAGAACACAUUUAUCUUUUCGAGUGCUGACGAUAAAUGUCCGCUCUUUGAAGACCCGAAGUUUGUGAACAGACUACAAACAGAAAUACUGGAAUAAAAAGAAAGAAAAGCUACUCCUGUUAAAAUUGAGAAAUAAACUUGCAUUCUUUU